AUGAGUGAUCCAGCAUUUGAAGAAGCAGGAAAAACGCCAGGAUUAGAAAUAUGGCGUAUUGAGAAAUUGGAGGUAGUUAAGCAAGAGCCUGAAACUUAUGGAAAGUUUUAUAAUGGUGACUCUUAUAUCUGUUUAAGUACCAAGAAAAAGAAUAAUAAGUUAUGUUGGGAUAUUCAUUUCUGGCUUGGAGAGGAGACGUCACAGGAUGAAUCUGGAGUUGCUGCUUACAAAACGGUUGAAUUGGAUGAGCUUCUUGGAGGUAGUCCUGUGCAACAUCGAGAGGUCCAGAAUCACGAAUCUAGCCUAUUUUUAUCCUAUUUUAAGCAAGGAGUGUGCUACGCCGAAGGAGGCGUUGAAUCUGGUUUCAAAAAAGUUGAACGUGGUGCAUAUGAAAAAAGAUUAUUGCAUAUCAAAGGCAAACGCCAAGUCCGAGUUUAUCCAGUGGAAGUUAAUGUAACUUCAUUAAAUGAUGGCGAUUGUUUCAUACUGGAUGACGGCGAAAAAAUUUAUUGUUGGUGCGGUAAAGACAGUAGCCGGAAGGAGCGGAUGAAAGCAUCAGAUGUAGCCAGGGGCAUUCGUGAUGGUGAACGUGGCGGUAAAGCUCGUAUUUAUAUUAUAGAUGACGGAGAGGAUGAUGAUAGUGAAUUUUUUGAAGCGUUGGGUGGAUUUAACCGCGAACAAGUAUUAUCUGCUGAAGCCGGCGGCGAUGAUGUUUCUUUUGAAGAAGAAUCAGCAGAGCAUAUUCGUUUAUACAGAAUCUCUGACGCUAGCGGGGACUUAGAAACUACGGAGGUCGAUGAGAAACCACUAAAAUAUGAACAUUUAGACCAUAACGAUUCUUUUAUCUUGGAUACCGGAGGCAAAGGAAUUUUUGCAUGGGUUGGUUCAAAGUGCACUAAAGCCGAGAAACGAAGUGCUAUGAGUCAAGCUGUGAAAUUUAUUGAAGAACGGAAUUAUCCUAAGUGGACUCCUGUUACUCAAGUAAUGGAUGGUGAUGAGAAUGCUCUAUUUAAGCAGUAUUUCGCAUCAUGGCCGAGCCGAAAUAUUGUUAUUGCAGCACCUAAGCCUAGUCAGAGUAAUAUCGCUCAAGUAUCACAAGAUGAAAUCGAUCUAAAAGCACUACAUCAACAACAUAUUCAAAAGAAGCAAACAACUUUGCCUGAUAAUGGGGAUGGACGUGUCAAAAUAUGGCGGAUUGAAAAUUUUCAAAAAGUUCCCGUCGAUGAAGAAGUUUAUGGCAAAUUUUAUGGUGGUGAUAGCUACAUCCUGCUGUACAAAUAUCUCAAGCAUGGAACUGAGCAAUACAUAAUUUAUUUUUGGCUGGGAUUAAAAAGUAGCCAGGAUGAACAAGCAUCUGCGGCUGCUUUAGUUACUGCAAUGGACGAUAAUCUAGAUGGAAUGGCUACCCAAAUACGUGUUGUUCAAAAUAAAGAACCCGAGCAUUUUUUACUGAUAUUUAAAGGAAAACUGGUCAUUUUUGAGAACGUUAACGAUAAAGAUUCUUAUGAUACUGAUGGUGUUAUGCUUUUCCAAAUUCAUGGAACUACAGCUUUUAAUACUAAAGCCAUUCAGGUGGCUGAAAGGGCAUCGUCGUUAAACUCGAACGAUGUGUUUGUUCUUAAAACACCACAAGAAACAGCAAUUUGGGUAGGCAAGGGAGCCAAUAAUGAUGAAAAGGAUAUGGGUAAAACCAUUGCGAAGUUCAUUUCGCCAAAAACAGAUAUUGGAGUUGUUAAUGAAGGUCAUGAACCUGAAUGGUUCUGGCCUGCAUUAGGCGGUAAAACUGAGUAUGCUUCUGGUGAAAGAUUACAGGAAGCUACACUAUCGCAACCGCCACGAUUAUUUCAAUGCUCUAACGCUUCAGGAAAAUUUAAAGUCGAAGAAAUUCCAGAUUUCGAUCAAGAGUCUGAUUUAAGUGAAGACGACGUAAUGCUAUUGGAUACGUAUGAUGAAGUUUUCGUUUGGAUUGGUGAAGGAGCUCGCCCAGAGGAAAAAAAGGCAGCAUUAGAAUUAGCAGUGAAAUAUGUAAAGUCGGACACUUCUGGACGCGAUAUUAACAACACCACCAUGGUUCAAGUUAAACAAGGCAGUGAGCCAAUAGCUUUUACCUGUAAUUUUGUAGCUUGGGACCUCAAUAAAUGGAGCAACGGAAAAUCUUAUGCUGAUUUAAAAGCCGAGCUUGGUAAAGAAAAUGCUGGUGUAACCUUAAUUUCUGAUGUAAGUUAUCCAGUGAUUUCUACUUCUGAGUUAGCUAAAUAUAACAAAAAGUAUGAUUAUGAAUUUUUAAUAUCUCCUGACUUACCAGAAGAAAUUGACGCAUGCCAUAAAGAGCGCUAUCUAACAGAUGAAGACUUUGAGAAAGUUUUUAAUAUAACAAGAGAAGAGUUCGAAGCAAAACCGCAAUGGCGUCAACAGCUCUUAAAGAAGCAGAAAAAACUAUUUUAA